GCCGCGCUAGAGGGUCAGGCCGGGGCCCGGCGCUCCGUCCGCCGCGGGCCGGGCAGCGGAGCGGGCGUGGCUGGCGCGCUAUAUAAGGCCCGGCCCGGCCCGGCUCGGUACAGACGCCGCCGCCGGAGUCCAGCGUGCGGGCUGGAGCAGGCACCGAGGCAAAUGUGCAAUACCAAGAUGUCCUCCCUUACGGAUCCCUCUGUCACCGCUUCGGAGCAAGAGGCGCUGGUUAAACCAAAGCCACUGUUGUUAAAAUUGUUAAAGUUAGCUGGUGCUGAAAAGGACACUUUUACUAUGAAGGAGGUAAUAUUCUAUAUUGGACAAUAUAUUAUGUCUAAGCAAUUAUAUGAUGAAAAACAGCAGCAUAUUGUACACUGUGCAAAUGAUCUCCUGGGGGAGUUAUUUGGAGUAACAAGCUUUUCAGUAAAAGAACACAGGAGACUAUAUUCAAUGAUUUCCAGAAAUCUGAUAGCAAUCAAUCAACAAGACUCUACCCUUGGCGACGCACCUGAGGAUGAUGCCACAUCUCAGCUUGAAGAAGAAAAUGUUGUUAAGGAACCUAGGCAAGAGUUAGAAGAGAGCCAGACUUCAUCAAGUGUGACUUCCCGACCAACUACAUCUUCUAGGAGGAGGACACACAGUGAAUCUGAAAAAAGUUCUCCAGAUGACCUGCACAGUGACAGAAGAAAGCGACACAAGUCAGAGAACAUUUCGGUGACGUUUGAUGAAAGUCUCUCUUGGUGUGUAGUCAGUGGUCUGUGCCGUGAAAGAAGCAAUAGCAGUGAUUCAACAGAUUCUCUUUCCAUCCCUGAUCUUGAUGCUAGUUCAUUAAGCGAAAACUCAGAUUGGUUUGACCAUGGUUCUGUAUCAGACCAGUUCAGUGUGGAGUUUGAAGUUGAGUCUGUUUAUUCAGAAGAUUAUAGCCAUAAUGAAGAAGGGCAGGAGCUCACUGAUGAAGAUGAUGAGGUUUAUCAGCUGACUAUUUACCAGGAUGAAGAUAGUGAUGCUGAUUCAUUUGAUGAAGAUCCAGAGAUUUCUCUAGCUGAUUAUUGGAAGUGUCCCGAAUGCAGUGAAAUGAAUCCUCCGCUUCCACGACAUUGCCACAGAUGCUGGGCCCUUCGUGAGGAUUGGCUUCCCGAUGAAAAGAGUGAGAAAUUGGAAAAGAGCAAAUUAGAAACCUCCUUUCCUGCAGAGUCUGGAGAAGGUUUUGAUGUUCCUGACUGCAAGAAAACAAAAAUGACUGAAGAUAAAGAACCAGCUGUGGAUGAGAAUGAGGAUAAAGCAGUACAGCUUUCUGAGUCCCAGGAAAGUGAAGGUUAUUCCCAGCCAUCAACAUCAAGCAGCAUGUUCUGUAGCAGUCAGGAGGACUUCAAGGAACCUGAGAAGAGAGAAAUGCAAGACAAAGAGGAAAGCAUGGAAUCCAGUCUGCCUGUUACCAGCAUAGAGCCGUGUGUCAUAUGUCAGAGCAGACCUAAAAAUGGCUGCAUAGUACACGGCAAAACGGGACACCUCAUGUCAUGCUUUACCUGUGCAAAAAAGCUCAAGAAGAGGAACAAGCCCUGCCCAGUGUGCAGGCAGCCCAUACAAAUGAUUGUACUAACUUAUUUUAGUUAGACAUGUGUUGACUGGAAAGUAGCAAAAGAAACUUCAGAAACUGGUUAAGAGAGUAAGAAAUUAUUUUUGUAUGCUUAUUGGAAAAUUAAUAUUUUGUGUCUCUUCGCGUUCUCUGUGAAAAAUACUUGCUGACAUAACUGUACUGGAGUUAUUAAAAGGUUUGCCUAAUGCUCAGAAGUCAACUUGGAGAUUUUAAAUCCCUCUCAGUAGAGGUAACCAGGUUCUCUAAACCACCUGCCUCUCCAAGUGUUUUAAUGUUCCAUGCAAGUUAGUGACAUUUGUUUUAUUGAGUUAAAUAUGUGCAUUAAAACCCCAAAUUCAAUAAUUGUUGGAGGAGAGACAUGUUGAAGUGUGUAUUUCUGCAAAUUCCUCAUUUAAGAAAAUAUAUGAUUAUCCAGGUUCCAGUUUUUGUUGCUUGGUGAAAACAUAAGGCUCAAUCAGACCCCUCUAAGUGCAGCGUGAAACAAGUCUUGACAGACAAGAUAAAUGAAGGAUAUGCAAUGAGCUGUCAUGGCAGGUAGUAGUAGGGCAUAGUUGUUUUCUUCUUCUGCACUUGUUUCUGACUUAGCAGAAUACAUUCAGCUGCAUUGCUACAUUCACUGUAAUAAAAAUAGAAAAGAAAUUCCCCUUCACCUGCAGAAACAAUUAAGCUGUGCAGUUCCAGUUCACAUUCUUUAAAUGCAGUAGUCUUUCCAGCUCACUCAUCUGUGAGAAUUCUGAAAAUCUUUAGCAAGGUGCUUGGCCCAUUCAAAGUUGGUCUGUUAGACCUGUCCUUUACUGCUUUUAGCUCUUGUCUCCUCACUGUACUUUGUCAAAAACUUGGUGAAACUUACCAGUUCUGUGCCCAGGGAGUUUGCUGCCUGCCUCAGUUCUGGGGGCCUUCAGGCAAGGUAGAGUGUGGGAGCCAGGAUGCACUAAAGAUCACUCAGCUGCCUUUUACAUGGAGGUUCUGUACCCCGUGAGUGAUACUUACUCCUUUGGAAAACUAUGUUACAGGAGGACUUGUAUAUUUUUAGUACCUUUUAUUUUUACAUGUGGUUGCUGAUUGUCUGACCAAUAGGGAAUGGCAGAUAAACAGGGGAGUACCAAGAGUGGAGAUGUAGUCCAAGUGCAGGGAUUGUGCAGUGUUACCAUCUUACAGGCCAAGGCUCAACUGCUUCCCUAACACCAGCAGUAUAAAAUUGCUAAUGCCUGUGAGCUGGCACAGAGACUCCUCCUGCUCUCCUUAACUGCAGGGCUGCAAAUGCCUGGAAGUACUCAGGAAAAGGACAUAAAGAGAUAAAGGAAAGACUUCAUAAUUUUGUUCAUACAUUUGAGCUAUUUUGUUGCUAGUAAAAGAUAGUUGUGUACCGAAGUUCUAACAUAGUUCAUUUUAAGUAAACAAAAUAUAAACUCCAGUUGUAUUCAUUCACAUUCUUACUUGCACAUUUCUUGCCUCCUGCAAUUUGUAAAGGGACAUCAGGUAGCUGGAAGUUAUUGGAAGUUUUUUGAUCAGCAGAAACCUUUCAUGGGUUUUAUAGGAUUUGAUAAUCCUUCAGCCUCAUACAGAGAAGGCCUUCGGGCAGAUAGCUAAUUUUUUCAAAGAGAGAUACUAUUUCGGAGCUACUUGCCCUACUUUGCACUUCCUAUUAAUGUUUUUUUUAAUUUUUGAUUUGAUAAACUUAGGUGCUGUGAGGCUUGCAGAGGCUCUUCAUUGCACCUGCAGGUGAGAGAGAAUUAUAGAUGUGUAUAUGCAGAAGCAUCAAUAACAUGGGGACUGUACCUAAAAAGUUUCAUCUUAUUCUUAUGAAGCUUUGUCCGCUGCAUUGUCUCCCAUGUCUUCCCCUCUCAGCAGGAUGCCUUCUCUGCAGUGGCUGCCCUGGCUACACGUGUAACUGCAUGCUGGGGGAGCAGCUGUCCUUAUCUGGUUCCUGUUGGGACAAAUUGUAUCAUCCCUCUCGGCAUUCCUUUCCAGUCACAUGCCUUCUGUUGCAGAGAAUAGCCCUGGAAAUACCUUCCACUCCCUACAAUGGGGAGGAAACGGGCCAUUUUCAUUUCUGCAUCUGCAAAUCACUGUGUCGAGUAUUUUGGUUUGAGUUACAUUCUAUGGCUUAAUAUUAUUCUUAAUGACUUCAAGUGCAACUUUAAUUUGUUUGGUGUGGGUGCAUGCCUUCCAAAUAGAAGAUGAGAAUUGAUGCCUGUUCCUGCUGGGGACAGUGGCAGGCCAGUGCACGUGCGGGGCUGUUGCCCGGGGCUGUGUCACAGUGGGUCCCGUGGUGGCUCCUGGCUGUGGCCCGGAGCCUUUGGCUCUGCCUCCAGCCUGUCUCCCGGCCUGGCCGUGCUCUGUGUGGGCAUGAGCAGUGAGUAGUGAGCACCCUGAUUGUUGUGGCCCUUAAACACUUUGGUACAAAACUUCAGAGAUCCUUAUGUAAUAUCACACAUGUUUUAGUCUUUAAUUUAUUGCUGUUUGUAAAUAUACUUGUGCUCACAGUUGAUGUUUUGAGCUCUAAUUUAUUGAAUUAGUCUACUGCUACAUGUGUAGUUAUAUAAAUAUGCUUAUUUAGUAAAUCACAGGCACAAGAGGACUAUUUUAAGAAAUGUAGCAUUAAAAUUCAGAGAAAUAUUCAUAUUAUAUUGAGAGGGGAGAUUUAUGGCUAUGGGUUUUUUUUUCCUUCCCUUAAAACAACUUCUUCAUUGAACCUCGACAAGAUUUAUUGAAUAGAGAAGGUGCUGGUCCAACCUCAGCAUAGUGAAAAUAUUUUGGUGGUGUUUUGCUUUCCUUUGGAAUGUUUUUGCAUCCCUCAGUACAGGCAAGGAGCUUGACUGACUUCUUCUGGGUGCUGGUAACAUUGGGGUGAUGGUCCAGGAGAUGCAAGACAGUGAUGAGAAGCUUUAAGGUUAAUUUGCAAAGGUGGAAAUGGCUUUUGCCUUUGGACACGUGACCAUGAAGGUGGCAGGAGAGGCCAGAUGCCCACAGGAUGUGUCUGUAUGCGAUUUUCAGUAAUUUUCUUAGUCUCUUCCUUCUUGCACAUCAGGUAGACAAUAGUUAUGUACAAAUGGUGCAAGAACUUGCAUUUAUUUUUUUUAGAAAGUACAAUAAACCUACUUGUUGUUUAAAUACAAGUCUUUAACUAUUUACCUAAUUGUUAGUAUUGCCAUUAUAUUAGUAUUGAAAUCCACCUCACACCAGCAUGGUUGUGGCUGUGCCAUCCUGUGCCUCUCCCCUUAGCAGAUGAUUUAGAAAGGGUAAAAGUGCUUCAAAAUGCUCACUGAUGAAAAGCUUACAUUCCUUUUAAGAGUGUGGUACGAUUUUAUCAAGAGUUCUGUUUGCUGUACAUUUGUUCAAAUGUUGCUGUCUCUGAAGUGUCUGUGGGUAUGAAGAUUUUUUUCAGAUUUUUUUUCUCUUUUAUGACUAAUAUGAGGAAGAGAAAAUUCCUCGUUCUCACAGAGAGUGUCAACAAGAAGAAUUGUUUCAGAAAAAUAUAUCUUAUAAAAGAGAGAUUAGAAAAUUAUUAAGACCCUAAUGAAGCUGAAUAGAUAGGAUGGAAAUAGGGGUGAAGAUUUUUUUCUUCCCCAUCUUAAUCUAAGGCUGCUGUUGUGUUGGGGCGUAACUUUAGGUAGAGUUUAUAAUUUUAAAGCAGGUAAUUUAUUCAUCAUAUUAACUUGCCACACACAUGGUGGGGCAGGAGUUAUCCCUUAUCCCAGGAAGGUACAGCAUUUUGUUGUGCAACAUUUAGCCUGAAAAGGGGCAUUUGCUGUUGUGAGGCUUCCCUGUGGGGAGGAUUAUAUUGGACAGUUGAUGGGACUUGAGGAGAGGCAGCGUUGUCAUGGAGGGGCUGAAGGGCAGCCUUGGUCCUGCAGCACAGCAGAGCCUUGCUGGAGCAUCAGCCCUCUCCUUUCCAGGGGUUUACCUGCCCUGCCCUGCCUUUCCAGCUCCUCCAUACCGGAGUCCAAGGCACAUCUUGUUCUUUAAAGGUUGCACAAGCAAAGCACAAAACCCAGCUUAAGGUUUUAAUAGCGGAUUGCACUUACUGAACAUGAAAAAUUGUUGCUUUUAACUACAGUGUGGGGGUUUUGUUAGCUUUUUUUUUAGCACAGAUGCACUGAAAGCUUCAAGUGAAUGGUUCUUUGGUGUAUCUAGAGCUAUAUUAUACAUGUGAAAUUUGUCAGUGAUACUUAAAAAGGUGGUGGCUCCCCUUUUGAGUAGAUGUUUUAGCUUAACAGCCUGCUUUUAAAGGAUGGUUCUUGGUCUUGAGCCACAGUAGUGGCUGUCAGGAUGAUGAUUACUUUACACCUAAAAUACCAAUAGCUUUUCUAAAACCAGAGUCUUUGUUGUCUGACUACACAUAGCUGGGAUGACUGUUGAAUAGAGUAGCUCAUAGUGAAUUUAAAUAACUAUGCAACAUGCUUUCAAGAGCUUGACCUGGUGCAUUACUUUCCAGCUACCCAGUCCAUGUAUGACCACAGUCAGUAACCAUUAAAAUGCAAGUAUCCACUCCAAUUGCACACAGUGUAGACCCAUUUAUGAGGAGUUUCAUGUGUGUUGUGUUUAUCUUUCAGUUUUUCCUUUUCUGAUGAAAAUUGAGUACUGUGUUCCAUUUAAAAGCUUUAAAUAAAGAUUUGUUUAUAUACUC